AUGGGUGCCUACAAGUACUUACAAGAGUUGCAAAGAAAGAAGCAGUCUGACGUUAUGCGUUUCCUGUACCGUAUUAGAUGUUGGGAGUACAGACAAAAGACCGUCAUCCACCGUGCUACUAAGCCAUCCAGACCUGACAAGGCUAGAAGUUUAGGAUUCAAAUCCAAGAAGGGUUACGUCAUCUACAGAGUUAGAGUCAGAAGAGGUGGAAGAAAGAGACCUGUGCCAAAGGGUGCUACUUACGGUAAGCCAACCAACCAGGGUGUAAACCAACUUAAGUACCAGAAAUCUCUGCGUUCUACUGCUGAGGAGCGUGUUGGUAGAAGAAUUUCCAACAUGAGAGUUUUGAACUCUUACUGGGUUAACCAGGACUCCACUUACAAGUUCUUUGAAGUUAUCUUGGUGGACCCAUCUCACUCCAACAUCAGAACCGAUGCCAAGAUCAACUGGAUCGUCAACCCUGUCCACAAGCACAGAGAGGCCAGAGGUCUUACUUCCAUCGGAAAGAAGUCCAGAGGUAUCAACAAGGGACACUUGUUCAACAAGACCAGAGCUGGUCGUUUCCACACCUGGAAGAAGCACAACACUUUGUCUGUGUGGAGAUACAGAAAAUAG